AGGGCAGAAUAGGAGGGUUCUGAAACAACAAUUGUAAAGAAAGAAAAGAUUGAUAAAGGAUGAGAUUGUGGAGAAAUGGUAACGUGACCAUCCUUGGAUCAAUAAAAUCAUGGAAGUCACUGUUGGAUCUAAAGAGGAAGGACCAAAUAUCAACUGCUGCACUGUCUACAUCUACAGUGACGACGAGCCGAAGAAGAAUCCCAACUGUUUUUAAUCUUGUUCGUUUAUAUUCUACGGAAGAGCUGCAGCAGCCUCAAUUGUCUGUUGACCUAAUUAAAAUGAUGGAACAAAGAUUAUCAUCAAUUGAGAACAGAAAUGCUCAUCUUCAGCGUUUUCUAAAUCAGCCAGAGUUAACACCUUCUGAAUAUUCAACUGCCAACAAAGAGCUCAAGAAACUCAGAGAUUCAGUAGAUCUCAUAACCGAGUUAAGGGCAAAACAGAAAGAGAUUCAGGAACUGAAAUCGGUACUUUCCGAAUGCCAAGAUGACAAGGACAUGCAGAAGAUGGCUUCGGAGGAAUUGAGUGAAGCCACAGAAGGAGAGAAAGAAUUGCAGCUUCUCCUUCUAAAGUCAUUACUACCCAAAGACGAUGCUGACGAGAGGGACUCCAUUCUCGAAGUGAGGGCAGGAACUGGAGGGGAAGAAGCUUCUUUGUUUGCAAUGGACAUAUUCAAAAUGUACGAAAAAUAUUCGGCGAAGAAAGGUUGGAAAUACGAGGUUCUAGAAAUAGCUGAGUCUGAUCUUAAAGGAUACAAAGAAGCUAUUGCCUCUAUAUCUGGAUCUGGUGUAUACGGGAAAUUGAAAUUCGAAAGUGGAAUUCACAGAGUUCAGCGAGUGCCUGUGACAGAGAAAGGUGGACGCGUUCACACCAGUGCUGUCUCCGUUGCAAUUCUACCGCAGGCAGAUCAGUUAGAUGUGAAAUUGAGAAAUGAAGAUUUGAAAAUUGAUACUUACAGGUCAGGAGGAUCAGGAGGUCAGCACGCGAAUACCACAAACAGUGCUGUGAGAAUCACUCACGUGCCAUCGGGGAUAACUGUUUCCAUACAAGACGAGCGAUCCCAGCAUAUGAACAAGGCCAAAGCACUAAAAAUAUUGUGUGCAAAACUAUAUGAAAUCGAGCGACUCAGAUUUCAGUCGAGUAGAUCAAAACUUCGAUUAGAGCAGAUUGGCAGUGGGGACAGAUCUGAACGGAUCCGCACAUAUAACUUCCCUCAAGGACGGGUUACUGAUCACCGCGUUGGCAUCACAACUCAUUCCUUAGAUGAUGUUAUGCAGGGAGAGGAUUUGGAUACUUUCAUUGAUGCUCUCCUUUUGCGGGAGGAAAUGGACGCCAUUGCAUCCUUCAGCUCCACCUAAUGUUAGCUGUCAGCAAUCGCGCUGGGAAAGAAAAUAUUGUACACAACUCCUACAUUUUGUUAUAUUCGGGGAAAACUUCAACAAUAUGAAGUCCGACAAAAGUCAUUCUUGGG